AUGCAGCCUCUCCCAACUCUUCUGGCCACUCUACUGCUGCUGCCCCUAGUAUUCCCAGGACAGCCUCAGCUGGUUAGAAGUGUGUCAAACUCUGUGGAUGCGAGUGGCCCAUGCCAUUGUGUGGUCCAUCUGCCCAACAACUCGGUCCUUCUGCAGCAGCUGGAGCAACUACAAAGUAUGGCGCGGGAGCUCAUUAGCCACUAUGAGCAGGAGCUGUUCAGGGCCAGCGAGUAUGCUCGUGCCAUUGAGGAUCAAGAAAUGAGUCACACACAGGAGAUCAGGAAUCCCAGUGCCAUUAGCUCCCUCCAUGAGACACCAGGCUUCGAUCUGCUGUUCCUGCAGCUGGAGGGAGCGCGGAAGUUGGCAACCCAGCUUAAGACCAAGGGAGGAGUAGGUGGGGCUGCAGGUGGGGCUGCAGGCCUCCUCCACCAACUCCAGGACCAGGUGACUAAUGCCAGUCUCACACUCAAACUUCUGGCUGACACUAAUCAGCACAGCUUCGGAGCUCUCCAACAGGAGGUGGAUGUACUCCAAGGCCAACUAAAUGAGUGUGAGAGGGAAAAGGAGCAAGAGCAGGCCUCCAGAAACCCUGGUCCACCCCUGCCCCCUGGUUCUUGUGCCCAUGGAGGGCUCCAGAAAGUCAGUAGACCCCUUGUGCUGCAGCUCAAUUGGAGAGGCCUCUCACACAAGGCAGGAGCUUGGGGCCGAGAUUCAGCUCCUGGUUCAGACUCCCCACUUUACUGGGUGGCUCCUCUGCGUGCAGAUGGCAGGUACUUUGACUACUAUAAUCUACACAAGUCCUACAAUGACCUGGUGAUGAUGAAGAACUAUGAGCAGUGGAAGAUGGGCUAUGGUGACGGCAGUGGCAACACUGUGUACAAGAACUUCAUGUACUUUAACUACUAUGGCACAAAUGACAUGGCCAUGGUGAACCUUUCCUCCAAUACCCUUGUGCUGCGGCGCCCAUUGCCUGGUGCCACCUUUGAUAACCGCUUCUCCUAUGCUGGUGUGCCUUGGAAGGACUUAGAUUUUGCUGGUGAUGAGAAGGGGCUGUGGGUGCUCUAUGCUACUGAGGAGAGCAAGGGCAACCUGAUUGUGAGUCGUCUCAACGAGAGUACCCUGGAAGUAGAGAAAUCCUGGCACACCAGUCAGUACAAGCCAGCCCUGUCAGGGGCCUUCAUGGUCUGUGGCGUGCUCUAUGCCUUGCGCUCACUAAGCACUCGCCAAGAGGAGAUUUUUUAUGCUUUUGAUACCACCAGUGGGCAGGAGCGCCACCUCAGCAUCCUCUUGGACAAGAUGCUGGAUACCCUGCAUGGCAUCAAUUACUGCCCCUCGGACCACAAACUCUAUGUCUACAAUGAUGGUUACCUAGUGCAUUAUGACCUCACCUUCCUGACACUGAAGCCCACACUAUCCAGAUUAGCAGUCAAAAGGCCCUCUGGGGAUCGUGCUCCACCCAAAUCAGUCAAAUCUAAUAAGCCCUCCAGGUCCUGA